AUGCAGCUUAACGUUGUUUAUGGUCACCAAGAACAUCAGCUGCAGAUUGCAGAUGACGCUACCGUUUUCGACCUCAAACAGAUAAUCGACCUGAUGAUUGGCUUGCCAGUGGAGAAACAACAACUAAGAUUUGAUGACAUUAUACUACACAAUCACACUCCGUUGCAAUGCUACCGAUUCGGAGAAGACGCUACGAUCCUUCUCCGAGACCUCUACGAAAUCUUUUUCGAAGUCGAGAAGGAGCAGUUUAAAUUAUAUGUUCAUCAGAAUAAUACAUUGAGGGAAUUGAAGAAUAUGCUUCAUUUAAAUCAUGGUAUUGUCAUUGCAAAUGAUAUGACACUAAGAUCAAAUGUCCUUGGCAUAGAUAUUUACAUCAAUAGUGAUAAUAUUGAAAUCUGGGCUUAUCAAAUUUUCCCUGGCACUGUCAUACAUGUUGAUUAUGAAGAUAGUUAA